AUGAUUCAGCUCACUUUACUUCAUCUCUGGCUUCUCCUUGUACCAGCGCUUGCUGGUAUGACCAAGACUGGCACCCUCUGCACCGUCACUCCGUCCGGCACCAAGGAUGACAGCCCGUUCAUCAUGGACGCCUUCAAGCAAUGUGGCCAGAACGGUCAGAUUGAGAUCACGAAAGGUGAUUAUACCAUCGCCAAAGUCAUGGACGUCCUGGACCUCAACAACUGUGACAUCUCCAUUCGCGGCAAACUGACUUGGAGCGACGAUAUCCAGUACUGGGUCCGCAACAGCGUUAGUGUGACAUAUUCCCAACGAAGUACAGCAUUCCGUCUGGGCGGUGAGAACUUCACUCUGCAAGGUCACGGUGAAGCACUCUUCUUUGGCAAUGGGCAGAAGUGGUACGACGUGAACCGUGAUGGGAGCAACAUGGCCGGUAGGCCCAUCAGUCUGACACUCUGGCAUGCGAAGAAUAACAUCACGAUGACAAACCUUGACAUGAACGCCACUUCAUCCUCCCAAUGGGGCACCGUCAAUACUGAUGGCUUCGAUAGCUGGAACUCCCAAGAUAUUGUGCUCAAAAAUUGGGUCGUGACGUGCGGCGAUGACUGCAUAUCGGUUAAAGGCAACAGCAAAAACAUCCAUGUCAAGAACGCCACGUGCUACGAGUCUGGCGCCAUGGUAAUUGGCUCAAUGGGUAAUCCCACGAACGUUCCCGAGACGGUAGACAACGUACUCUUCGAAGACAUCACUGCUAUUCAUAGUUCCAACGCGGCCUGGAUCAAGACAUACCCUGGCCAAGGCCAUGUGAAGAACGUCACCUUCCGCAACAUCAAGUUUCAGGACGUCAAUCAGCCUAUAUACGUCUCGCCGUGUAUCUACAGCUACCAGAACUGCGAUUCGAGCCGCUUGAAAAUCAGCGACAUUACUUGGGAAAACAUGACUGGUACCUCGAGAUACAAUGUGGCCGCGGGUAUCUACUGCAGUGGCGGCGCACCUUGCACGGGCUUGCAUUUCAAGAACAUCGACAUCAGGCCGAAAAAUGGUGGCACGGCGAAGAUACUCUGUUCUAAUAUGAACAGUGACAGUGGGUUAGCAUGUACGGGUACCUGCCCGGCAGGCUGGAAACAGCAGCUGAGCGGCAAUGCUUAG